AUGGGCAAAUCAUCAAAAAAGAGGGAGCGCACCGACGAGGAUGUCGCCGACAACCACGAUGCCAAGCCCGUUGUCAAGAAGAGCAAGCUCGACAGCACUGGCAAGGCGGAGGUCACCAAGAAGAGCUCCAAGGUGAAGGAAGCCAAGCCCGAGACUAUCACGACCGAGAAGACACCCGAGGAGGCAACCAAGGUCAAGAAGGAGAAGAAGGAAAAGAAGGAUAAGAAGGACAAGAAAGAAAAGAAAGACAAAAAGGAAAAGAAGGAGAAGAAAUCUAAGAGCAAGGACGCGGCAGCCACCCCCGAGGAGUCGGACGAGCCCGCACCAGCAGCUGCGCCUUCGGAUCCCGAGCCCACGGAGGCCGAGGAGGCUGCCACUAACGGCGCCAACGGAACCAACGGCACCGAUAAGAAGAGCAAAAAGAAGAGCAAAAAGGACAAGAAGAAGAAGAGUAGUAGCAGCAAAGACGGCGACCCCCCCACCACCGAAACCACCACCAACGGCGAAGCCACCAACGACAACGACCCCACCGCCACCGCCACGAACGGCAAACCCAACCGCUUCAUCUGCUUCGUCGGCAACCUGCCCUACAGCGCGACAGCCGAGGCCGUGCGCGCGCACUUCGCCACCCUCCAGCCGACGUCGGUGCGGCUGCUGACCCAGCGCGACAACCCUUCGAAGUCGCGCGGGAUCGCCUUCGUCGAGUUCGCGGGCUACGACCACAUGAAGACGUGCCUGAAGAAGUUCCACCACACCGAGUUUGAGGAGCCCGGCGCGAAGGGGCCGCCGAGGAGGAUCAAUGUGGAGUUGACUGCUGGCGGUGGUGGCAAGACGGCGGCGCGGCAGGACAAGAUCAAGCAAAAGAACGCCAAGCUCAACGAGGAGCGGGCGAACAGGAUGCAGAGGGAGGAGGAGGCCAAGUUGGAGAAGGCGGCGACCGGAGGCAAGACGCAAGAGCAGCGCGACGAAGACUCGAUACACCCAAGCCGGCGCGCGAGGGUUCCGUACGGGAAGAACUGA